CGGAAUUUGAUUUACCGUUAUAGGGUCGGUUAUUGAUUUACCGUUUUUGUUCCAGGGAUGACAGAGUCCUUUUUCUUUGGUGAAUCACAAUUGAUACAUGCUGCUGGAUUGGAAAAUGAUAAUCCAGAGGAGCAACCAUCACUAGCUGAACCUCCGAUUAUAUCUAUAGAUGUCUCUCAUUUGUAUCAUACUGAUCAGCGUUUCCCUUUGAAAGAUGAUCUUAUGAAAUGGGUUCGCGACAUUUCUAUGGCAAAUAAUUUUGUUUUGGUGACAACAAAGUCUGAUAGUGGUGCGAAGGGAAGAAAAGAAUAUGUCAUUCUGGGGUGUGAGAAGCAUGGUGCGUAUAUUCCCUACAGAGAACCGGAUCUUGUUGAAGGAACGUCAACACAAAAGACAGGUUGUCCUUUUAGGCUAAAAGGACGACGUACGAAAGAUGAUAAAGGUUGGUGGUUGAAGGUGAUGGACGGUAGACACAUCCAUCUCGCAGCUGAGUCACUAGUUGGCCACAAUUACGCUGGUAGACUGAAUAGUGAGGCGAAGGAGGACGUGAUAAAUCAGGCUAAGACUUGGGUUCCACCUAGAAAGAUGUUGGCGUCCUUGAAGGAAAAAGAUCCUUCAAACUUGACUACCAUCCAACAAAUUUAUGGUGUUUGCAAGCGGUUCAGACAAUCCGUUCGUGGGUCACUGACAGAGAUACAAUACUUGCUGAAGAAGUUGGACGGUGAGAAGUAUGUUCACUUCGAACGAAAUGAACCCGGAUCGGAAGUGAUUAGAGAUAUAUUUUGGGCUCAUCCGAAUGCCGUCAAACUUUUCAACACAUUCCCAUAUGUAGUGAUCAUGGAUUGCACAUACAAGACCAGCAAAUACAAACUACCCUUGCUCGAGAUUGUUGGCCUGACCUCCACGGAUAAAACAUACUCAAUAGCAUUCUGUUACAUUGGCAGUGAGACCACAGAGGACUACAUUUGGGCAUUGGAGUGUAUGAAGUCUCUGAUUUCCGACCAAUCCAAGUUGCCUAGAGUGAUUGUGACGGACAGAGAUCUUGCUUUAUUGAGUGCUGCUUCACAAAGCCUUCCCACCACCACCCAUUUACUAUGCUUGUGGCACAUCAACAAUUGUGUUUUGGCAAAGUGCAAAGAGUAUGUUGGCACGGAUGAUUUUGCUCAAGAGGUUAUGGACAAGUGGGCCGAAUUGGUAGAUGCUCCAACAGUUCCAGAAUUUGAAGCUCAUUGGAUUGAAUUGUUUAACAUGUGCAAGCAUAAACACAAGUUGAAAUUUGCCACUUAUUGUUCUACUACAUGGUUGGUCCACAAGCAGAAAUUUGCCAAGGCAUGGACAAAUCAUGUGAUGCAUUUUGGAACAACAACAAGUAACAGGGCUGAAGGUGCACAUGCCAGCUUGAAGUUGAUGUUGCGGAACAGUAAGGGUGACCUGGCCACAUCAUGGGAUGCGUCGCAUAGUUUGACCACCAAUCGCCACACUGAGAUAGUAGCAUCGUUUGAGCGCAGUAUGAAUAAAAUUGAUCACCUUUUCAAGACCCCUUUCUACACAAAUAUUAGGGGAUUUGUGUCAAUCAAAUGCCUGAAACUCAUUGAUGCUGAACUGACAAGAAUGCGAGCCUGCGGCGGCAGAUGCGAUUGCUUAUUGAGAGAUACUCAUGGACUACCUUGCGGUUGUCAACUUGCAGAUUAUGAGAGGAUUCCGUACGAGGCCAUUCAUCCAUUCUGGAAGAGCCUAAGUUGGGAGCAUGUACCUGUUGCAGAUACUGGCAGCUCAGAUAUUUGCGGACUAAACCAUGGAGAGAUGCACCCAGAAGUUGAGGCACUGACACGUUAUUUCCAUUCUUUGGAUACUGGAGGGCAGAGUAUGGUAAGGAGGAAGCUUCAAGCGAUAUAUUGUCCUGAAAGGAGUACACUAUGUACUCCUGAGCUUCGGAUAAAGUCCAACCGCACUCCUAGGUUGAAAGAGAGCAAACAACCCAAGGGUCGAGCAAUAGGAUCCUUGACUCGUGAUCCUUCAGCGUUUGAACUUACAGACAAGAAGAUUAAAGAGGAAAAGAAGUCUUCACAACCAGCAAAGAGGAAGAAGCGUGUGAAGAAGUCUGAUACAAGCCAUUUCAUGUGUAACUUUCCAGCCUUUCUCCAUCCAUAUAUUGGCACAAUUACAGAUGUUGAGGAUGAUGGUAACUGUGGCUAUAGAUCCAUUGCUGCAUUAAUGGGGCAUUCCGCCGGUCAGGACGGUUGGCCUUGGGUUAGGGCUACAUUGAUACAAGAACUUGAGACCAAUGUGGUAAUGUAUAAUAGGAUGUGGGGCACAGAUGUUGUUUAUGGCUUACAUAAUCGUCUCACUCUUCCUAUUGGUGACCUGGCCACCCCUGACAAAUGGUUUCAACUGCCAGAGAUGGGAUACCUUGUUGCCACAAAGUACCAAUUGGUUCUCGUAUCCUUAUCCUCUAUGGGUUGUAACACAUACUUUCCACUGAUAGGAGCCGGCCCACGAGAUGAGCAUUCUGUUAUAGCUAUUGGACAUGUGAUAAAUCACUGGGUACAACUCCAAUUAACUCCUGGACAUCCUAUGCCGACUAUUGCUCCCCAGUGGGAAUGGCACAGUGAUCUUGCCUCCAAAUACUGGCGCAACCUAUAUGGUCCACGUUUAGGCAUGUAUGAUGCACAAUUCCAAGCUUGGCUUGGUGCUUUUAGUGGUCAUGCGGACUAUGUGGACAUCACCACAGAUUGA